CACAAACAAUGAAGGCAGGACAGAGAGUUGCGCAAACGCAUUUAGAGCUCUCGAGUUGUUCAGUCCUGACCAUUCCUCUCCAAAAUGUUGGCCUCAAUGCUGCUGCUGCUCUGUGUUAUCUUCAUCAUUUAUAAUUUCAUGUGCCGGAGGCCCAAGAAUUUUCCGCCUGGUCCUACAAUCGUGCCUGUCCUGGGAAACAUACUGAGUCUGAGCCUGGAGAACCCCCUGCAAGACUUCGAGAGGCUGAGGAAGGCAUAUGGAAAUGUCUAUAGUUUGUACCUUGGGCGGAAACCAGCUGUUAUUGUCAACGGAGUCCAUGCUUUGAAAGAGGCUUUGGUGUCUAAGGCUACGGAUUUUGCUGGAAGACCCCAAGACCUUUACGUCAACGACACCACAAAUAGAAAGGGAGUGAUCCUGGCUGACUAUGGUUCUAGUUGGAAGGAACAUCGUCGCUUUGCUCUGAUGACGUUGAGGAACUUUGGUCUUGGGAAGAAUUCAAUGGAGGAGAGGAUUCUGGGAGAGAUUGAGUUUAUCAUUAAAACACUGGAAACGAGUAUUGGCAAAACUUUGAGUCCUCAACUUAUGUUCCAUAAUGCAUCCUCCAACAUCAUUUGCCAAGUUCUGUUUGGUCGACGCUACGAUUAUGAUGAUGAGUUCAUCAAAGUGAUUGUUCAGUGUUUCACGGAGAAUGCCAAGUUGGCUAAUGGACCGUGGGCUAUGCUCUAUGACUCCUUUCCAAUGAUUCGUAAUCUGCCACUGCCCUUCAUGAAGUCCUUUGAGAAUGUCAAGACUUGCCAAAAAAUUGCAAAGCGCGUGUUGGCUGAGCACAAGAGUACCAAAGUUCCGGGACAACCACGAGACUUUAUGGACUGCUAUCUGGAUGAACUGGAAAAGAAAGCUGAUGAUAAGUCCUCAUUUUCAGAGGAUCAGCUCCUCAUGUACGCUCUGGACCUUCACUUUGCCGGUACAGACACCACAUCUAACACCCUUCUGACUGGAUUCCUCUAUCUUACGACCCACCCACACAUACAAGAACGUUGCCAACAGGAAAUAGAUCAGGUGUUAGAAGGGAAGGAUCAGGCGUGUUUUGAUGACAGACAUAACAUGCCAUACAUGCAGGCUGUAAUCCAUGAAGUGCAGAGAAUAGCCAACACUGUGCCACUUAGUGUCUUUCACUGUACAACAAAAAACACAGAGCUAAUGGGAUAUUCCAUUCCUAAGGGCACAAUGAUCAUCCCAAACCUGACAUCAGUGCUGCACGAGGAAGGCCAGUGGAAAUGUCCUCAUCAAUUCAACCCUGAGAACUUCCUCAAUGGCCAGGGGGAGUUUGUAAAACCUGAAGCUUUCAUGCCUUUUUCUGCAGGUCCUCGCAUGUGUCUUGGUGAAGGUCUGGCUCGCAUGGAGCUCUUCCUCAUCAUGGUGACUCUUCUGAGGAAGUUCAAGUUCAUGUGGCCUGAAGAUGCUGGAGAACCGGACUUCACUCCUGUCUAUGGAGUCACUCUUACUCCGAAGCCUUAUCACAUGAAGAUCACACUCAGGGCUUUGUAGUGCAGCUGUCUGUAAUCCAUCCAUCCAUCCAUCCACCCAUCCAUCCAUCCACCCAUGUAACCAUCCAUCCAUGCAAGCCCCCGUCUUACAAGCGUCCAUCCAUCCAUGCAAGCAAACAACCAACAAGCAUCCAUCCAUCCAUAUAUCCAUUAAGAAUCGAUCCAACUGGCAUCCGUUCAUUCAUCCAGCAAGUAUCUCAUCCAUCCAUUCAGCGAGAAUCCAUCUUGCAAGCAUGUAUCCAUCCGUACAACUAGCAGGUGAAGCAUCCAUCCAUCCAUCCAUCCAUCUAAGCAUCCUUCCAUGCAAGCCCCUGUCUUACAAGCGUCCAUCCAUCCAUGCAAGCAAACAUCCAACAAGCAUCCAUCCAUCUAUCCAUUAAGAAUUCAUCCAGCAAUUAUCUAUCCGGCAUCCAUCCAUUCAGCGAGAAUCCAUCUCGCAAGCAUGUAUCCACCCGUGCAACCAACAGGCGGGCAUCCAUCCAUCCAUCAACCCAUCCAUCCGUCCAUCUAUCCAUCCAUUGAUCCAGCAAGCAUUUAUCCAUCCAUCCAUCUAUCCAUCCAUCGAUCCAGCAAGCAUUUAUCCAUCCAUCCAUCUAUCCAUCUAAGCAUCCUUCCAUGCAAGCCCCUGUCUUACAAGCGUCCAUCCAUCCAUGCAAGCAAACAUCCAACAAGCACCCAUCCAUCCAUCUAUCCAUUAAGAAUCCAUCCAACAAGCAUCCGUUCAUUCAUCCAGCAAUUAUCUAUCCGGCAUCCAUCCAUUCAGCGAGAAUCCAUCUUGCAAGCAUGUAUCCACCCGUGCAACCAACAGGCGGGCAUCCAUCCAUCCAUCAACCCAUCCAUCCAUCCAUCUAUCCAUCCAUUGAUCCAGCAAGCAUUUAUCCAUCCAUCCAUCUAUCCAUCCAUUGAUCCAGCAAGCAUUUAUCCAUCCAUCCAUCUAUCCAUCUAAGCAUCCUUCCAUGCAAGCCCCUGUCUUACAAGCGUCCAUCCAUCCAUGCAAGCAAACAUCCAAAAAGCAUCCAUCCAUCCAUCUAUCCAUUAAAAAUCCAUCCAACAAGCAUCCGUUCAUUCAUCCAGCAAUUAUCUAUCCGGCAUCCAUCCAUUCAGCGAGAAUCCAUCUUGCAAGCAUGUAUCCACCCGUGCAACCAACAGACGGACAUGCAUCCAUCCAGCAAGCAAUCAUCCAACAAACGAUCCAUGAAUCAAUUAAUUCACGGAUCCAUUCAUCAAGCCAUCCAUCCAUCCAUCCAGCUUCUGUCCUUCAAUCCUUAAAGCCAUCCAUCUAGAAAGCAUGCCUCACCCAUCUGGAAAGCAUGCCUCACCCAUCUGGCAAGCAUCCGUCGAUUCAUCGAUCCUUGAAUUCUUAAAUCCAUCCAUCCAUGCAUCUAUGCAUCAGUGUAUUUAGCAUCCAUCUAUCCAGCAUCCAUCUAUACUUGAAUGUGUCUAUCCUGCAAGCAUCCGUCCAUCCAUCCAGCCAUGCAUCCAUCUAGCAAGCCUCAAUACAUCCAUUUAUCCAUCCGUACGUCGAUCCUUAAGUUCAUCCAUCUAGAAAGCAUACAUCCAUCCAUCAAGCAAGCAUCCCUGGAUUCAUCGAUCCUUGAAUCCAUCCAUCAAUCCAUCUCUCCAUGCAUUCAGCAUCCAUCCAUUAUAUUAGAUGUAUAGUACACUUUUUCACCAGUUGUGUGCUUCAUAUUAUUAUCAAUCCAUCCAGCAUUCAUCUAUCCUUGAAUUCAUCUAUCCUGCAAUCAUCCGUCCAUCCAUCCAUCCAUCCAUCUAGCAAGCAUCAAUACAUCCAUUUAUCCAUCCGUACAUCAACCCUUAAAUUCAUCCAUCUAGAAAGCAUCCAUCCAUCCAUCAAGCAAGCAACCAUCGAUUCAUCGAUCCUUGUAUCCAUCCAUCUACCCAUCUCUACAUGCAUUCAGCAUCCAUCCAUUAUGUUAGAUGUAAAUACACUUUUUCACCAAUUGUGUGCUUCAUAUUAUUAUUCUGUUAUGAUUAGGGCUGUCAGUGGUUAAUAACAACAACAACAAAGUACUUUAACGGCGCGAUUAAACAUGCAUGCUUCCUUUCUGACCCACGGUCCGUUCCGUAGCGUGGGGAAAUGUUUUAGUUACAAAAAUAGCGAGCAGAAAUGUACAAAGAAAGGAUAUAUUAUUGAAAGCUCAGGUCCAAAGCCACGGCAAAUCGUCUCUGACAAGACAAAACCAUUUUUUGAAUCCACAAUUGGCGUGAGUCGUCAUCAUUGAAACAAUUGGCUGCUGGGGCGCUUGCAUUCAAAGGGGUGGGGCUUCACUUCUUCACUUCUAAAUUACAGCUUACUGCAUUCCUUGACAACAUAAACUGUUAUCAAUUGUUACUGUAACUGAUUUAGUAAGAUGGUAUAGAAGCACAGCAGAAAGGAGGCAUAGGUACAAAGUCGAGGCAUUUUUUAUGUGUCUGUCAUCAAAACAUGUUCUCAAACGAAUCACACACUUCAGGCUUUAAAGGGGAACAUUAUCACAAUUUCAGAAUUGUUAAAACCAUUAAAAAUCAGUUCCCAGUGGCUUAUUAUAUUUUUCGAAGUUUUUUUCAAAAUUUUACCCAUCACACAAUAUCCCUAAAAAAAGCUUCAAAGUGCCUGAUUUUAACCAUCGUUAUAAACACCCGUCCAUUUUCCUGUGACGUCACAUAGUGAAGCCAACACAAACAAACAUGGUGGAAAGAACAGCAAGCUAUAGCGACAUUAGCUCGGAUUCAGACUCGGAUUUCAGCGGCUUAAGCGAUUCAACAGAUUACGCAUGUAUUGAAACGGAUGGUUGUAGUGUGGAGGCAGGUAGCGAAAACAAAAUUGAAGAAGAAACUGAAGCUAUUGAGCCAUAUCGGUUUGAACCGUAUGCAAGCGAAACUGACGAAAACAACACGACAGCCAGCGACACGGGAGAAAGCGAGGACGAAUUCGGCGAUCGCCUUCUAACCAACGAUUGGUAUGUGUUUGUUUGGCAUUAAAGGAAACUAACAACUAUGAACUAGGUUUACAGCAUAUGAAAUACAUUUGGCAACAACAUGCACUUUGAGAGUGCAGACAGCCCAAUUUUCAUCAAUUAAUAUAUUCUGUAGACAUACCCUCAUCCGCUCUCUUUUCCUGAAAGCUGAUCUGUCCAGUUUUGGAGUUGAUGUCAGCAGGCCAGGGAAGCUAGGGCCGAUAGGGGGUUUAGCUCGCUCGUCUGCGGGAACAAACUGCCGCCAUUGCUUGCCGUGCUAGCGAGGUCCUUUGUCCCUGAAUUGCUCACACACUCCGGCAGAUUCAAUGGGGGUCUGGUGGCAGAUUUCUUUGACUUUAUCGUUGGAAAUGCAUCUGCUUUGAGUGUCGCAGGAUAUCCACACAUUCUUGCCAUCUCUGUCGUAGCAUAGCUUUCGUCGGUAAAGUGUGCGGAACAAACGUCCAAUUUCUUGCCACUUUCGCAUCUUUGGGCCACUGGUGCAACUUGAAUCCGUCCCUGUUCGUGUUGUUACACCCUCCGACAACACACCGACGAGGCAUGAUGUCUCCAAGGUACGGAAAACAGUCGAAAAAACGCGAAAUAACAGAGCUAAAUUGACUCGGUGUUUGAGAAAAUGGCGGAUUGCUUCCCGAUGCGACGUCACAUUGUGACGUCAUCGCUCCGAGAGUGAAUAUUAGAAAGGCGUUUAAUUCGCCAAAAUUCACCCAUUUAGAGUUCGGAAAUCGGUUAAAAAAAUAUAUGGUCUUUUUUCUGCAACAUCAAGGUAUAUAUUGACGCUUACAUAGGUCUGGUGAUAAUGUUCCCCUUUCAAUAAAAGCGUUCCGUACUACACUAACAAAAUAAAAAUGUCUUAUAUUAUGAUCCUGCUUUGUCAUAGAUGUUUUGUAAUGUAAUCUGUGAUAUUUCUACCUAAAUGAAUGCUAGCAUAGGCGGGGGAAUUUUUGUGGCAGGCUGGAAUAUUGUGUAUAUUAUUUUAUAACAUGUUCUGGUUGAUGGUCCUCAAUUACAGAAUGUUUAGCAGGCUGAAUGUUAGCCUUUGUUUAUUAAAUAGAAACGGUUAAGACAUUGUCAUGUAGUGACAUGAAUACCAGUGACUUGUACAACAUGUAAUGUACAGAAUAUCAGAAUGUAUUUGACAAUCCAACCAUGAUCGUAACAAUCCACAUUGUCGUUAAAAGCCUGUUCAUGUCCAUUUUGUGUUGAACUAUGUAUCAAAUAAUAAUGUUUAAUAAACAUGUCAUUAAAGCAAA